AUGCAUCUCUCCGCCAGGCCGCGGGACACUUACAACCUCGACGAGACGACGUUGUGGUUGUCCGUGCUCCUGCGCCGUACUUACAGCAACGGCCGCAUUCCCGGCCGUAAGAUAUCGAAGGAGCGCCUCACCAUCGCCUUUCUCGUCAAUGCCGACGGCAUCCACGCGUUCCGUCCGUUGGUCAUUUCGAAGGCGAAGCGCCCUCAUGACUUUCGGCCGGACUACGACCCCAACACCCUUUGCUACUGGCGUAACAGCACUAAUGGAUGGAUGACGGCUCCCCCCCUUGACCAAGGGAUCAUCGCCACCGCCAAGGCGCACUACUGCCAGCACUGGUUGCGGGCCUUCACUGCUCUGUGGGCGGCGGACGGCGCCACAAGCGCCGCUGCGCGGUUUCGCCCGAACCUGCGCGACGUGCUGGCGUGGUUGUCGGACGCGUGGACGAGCGUCGGUCCACGCACCAUCCUGCGGUGCUGGUGGUGCACGGGAUGCUUCUCGCGUUCAUGGGCCAUGGAGCUGCCGCAUGUGCACGACGACGAGCCUACCCCGUCAGCCUAUCCCGAGAUCGAGCUCGAUGAUGAGAUAGGAGACGUCGGGAAUCUCAUUUCGGGCCUCGGUAUCGGGCCCAGCGCGAUGCCCGCUGCUGAGUAUGUCGCCAUCGACGACGGUCAGCCGACGUUCGUCGAGACCGCCGAGGGCCCGCUGGCGGGCAUGGUGGUGGAAAUGUGGGAGGCGCCCACCACCAUGCAAGCUGUGUACGAGGAUAGCGACCCCGUGGGCCAUGAAGCGCGGCGUACGGCACGGGCAGCGUGCGAGAUGCUUAUAGGCUAUGCGCGCGCUACAUGCAUCACGCCGCGCAACCUGUGCCCCCUGUUCGACAUUCGCAAUCCGCUUAUCAUCGAGCGGAUGGAGCGGACGAGCCCGCCCAUCAAUCUCGACGUGACCCUACCGGCCGCGCGCACGCCGGGCGCAACACCCACGCCCGACACCUCGCGUCCACGCGGUUGUGUGCUGCCUGGGUGGAUGACCCAGCCUUCCCGCCGCCAACAGCUGCUGGAUGCCAGUGUGACCGCCGUGAUGGGCGGAUACACUGACGCGGCAGAAUGGAUGCGUCUAUGA